GAAAGAAGUAAACGUCAAAUCAUUUACGCUGUGCGUCAAACAACAACAAAACAAAGUGGUGUUUCGCUUUGUGCUGUGUGUUUUCGUGGUUAUUAUAUUCAAACUUUAACAUGACAAUAAAAUAAACAUGGAUAAUAAGUUAAGGAAAAUAGUAUGCAGGACCUGUCUUUCCGAGGCUUCUGGUUAUAAGUCUUUACUAAGCAAAAUGGACGGAGACAGCCGAACCUUACGGGAAAUUAUUUCUAAUUUUAUCAAUAUGGAUAUAUUAUUGAGCGAUAAAUAUCCAAAACAGGUUUGCAAUGAGUGCUACGCGAUGAUAUUCAAGGCAGAUGAGUUCAAAAAGCGAUGUUUACAGUCGGAGACUAUACUAAAAAAUGGUUUUCUAUCUCACACUUUCGAGGAUCUCAUAAAAAGAGAAAUAGUUUGUACAGAUCAUACUAAUACCGCUGAAUCUCAAAUGAAUGAUACUUAUUAUGAUAAUUGUAUUAAAAUCAAUCACACAGCCAAAGGUGACUUAGAAAUAGCUGUUGUGGACAAUUAUUUUAAUCCAAAAGAAAGUCUCAAAAACGAUAUGAAUUACGUUAAAGAGGAGCACGACGAUUUUCUACAAGAUGAUAUUAGUGAUUUGGCAGACAGCAUAGUUGUUGAGAGACCUGAUGUUGAAAAUAUUCAAAAUACUGAUGUUACAAACUUAAUGAGAACAAAAAGUUACGACAAAAUUGUGGAGAAAACCGAGGUCAAUAUAAGCAACAACAAGAUCUCAUUAGUAUGUACAGUGUGUCAUAAAUUUUUUUCUAAUUAUGAACUUUUACAAGUGCAUUCACUUACACAUAAAGAAGAGAAUGUUGACAAAAAUAAUUAUAAAUGUACAGUAUGCAACAGUAAUUUCACAUGCAAAGUAUCAUUAAAAACCCAUACCAAAACCCAUAGAGUAAAAGCCAAGGUUAAACAUAAAAAAACAAAGAAUAACAUAGAUAAUAAAAAUGGUUUAAAUUUAAUACUAAUAUGUCCAAAAUGUGGUGAAAAAUUUACCAACAUGGGUUCAUUCCAAACACAUCUAAAGACGCAUAAAGAAGACAAUGAGCCAAAUAUCACUAUUGAUAAUAUUAUAAAAUUAAAUAAUGAAAAACAGAACUACCAAUGUUCAUUAUGCAUGCGUAAAUUUGUACGUAGAUCCUCUUUAGUAACUCAUAUAAAACGCCAUGAAGACAGAGCACAGAUCAAGUAUCCAUGCAAGACUUGCAAGAGAGAGUUUCAACAUAAGGCCCAUCUUGAAAAUCAUGUUGUCUUGGUACAUUCAAAGGACAAAGGAUUUAUGUGUGAUAUUUGUAAUAAAAGUUUUUCUACCCAAGAAAGUCUGGAUAGUCAUAAGGAUAGGCAUAAAGUUAGCAGGAAACAUGAAUGCAAGGUCUGCGGCAAGUGUUUCACUAUGCUAUCGACUCUGACGGAGCACCUCAAGAUACAUACAGGCGAGAAGCCCUACCUGUGCGCGGUGUGUGGUCGUGGGUUCAGCCAGAAGAACAACAUGACCCAACAUAUGCGGCGGCACCAGGGCUUGAAGCCUUUCAAAUGUGACACUUGCGAGCGGGGAUUCGUGUCAAAAGGUGAACUGGAAGCCCACGCCCGCAAACACAGCGGGGCGCAUCCAUUUGUAUGUGACGAUUGUGGCGGCAGCUUUACUACUUCUAGCUCUCUGACUAAGCACAGGAGAAUCCACACUGGCGAACGCCCAUACGCUUGUGACUUAUGCCCAAUGAGAUUCACCGUACUAAAUACUUUGAAGAACCACAGACGUACGCACACUGGGGAAAAGCCUUUCCAAUGCUCGCUUUGUGAAAAGGCAUUCACCCAAAGGAACGAUCUCGUAUCACAUAUAAGGUGUCACACGGGCGAGAGGCCUUAUAUAUGCACGUGUUGUGGGCAGGCCUUUAGAAAGGCCUCCGCUUUAAAAGUCCACAUUAAGGUGCACGGUAAAGAGAGCAUGGCUAUGUAGCGUUGACUAGUAACGCUAAGAUGUAUGCUACAAAAAAAAACGGUUUUUUUUUUGUAUAAAACUGAAAAUACGCUAAAACUAAAAAUUAAUGAAGAGACUGUAAACUGUAAAUUAUAUAUUUGACCUUGACCUUUUAAAACCCUAGUGUUUCUUCAAAAACCAAUUCUUAAUUAAUACUCGGUGUAAAAGACACACACAAAAAAAAAUUGAAAUUAUACGCGUUAUAAAGUAUAAUAAAUAGGUCAAUAUAAUAUUUAGCUUUUCAUUAAAAGCAAUGAAUUACCUAAAAACAGUGAUUUUCGUUAAAAUCCUUAAUGUGUAUAACAAUGCAGUAUUAUCGCAAUACUUUUACGCGAAUGUACGAUCGUGUGUCUUACGAUGUCACACGAGCGAGUGGCCUUUAAUUUUGCACUGCGUUUAACAUUGACAACGGGUAGAAAAUUAAAAUCGCUAAGAUAUAAUAUAUAAGAGAAAAAAUCAUCUAAAU